CCCUCUUCUUGUCCUCCAACACCACCCCUCUCUGGGCGAACCUCAGAUCCUCAACUUCUCCCGUGACGGGCAGUGGUCACGGGGAACGCAGAGCGAGACGAGGGGAGCGCCACGGAGGAGGGGGAAAAAACGCGCAGCGAGCCAUUUUCUUGGAGGAGGCAGCGUCGUUGAUGGGAAGAGGAUGCAUUGCGGGCUGCUGGAGGAGCCGGAUAUGGAUUCCACAGAGAGCUGGAUUGAACGGUGCCUCAACGAAAGUGAGAACAAGCGAUACUCGAGCCACACGUCUCUGGGGAACAUGUCCAACGAUGAACAUGAAGAAAAAGAAAAUAACAGAGCCUCUAAACCACAUUCGACACCAGCCACUCUGGAGUGGUUAGAGGAAAACUAUGAAAUAGCCGAAGGUGUGUGUAUCCCCAGAAGUGCCCUCUACAUGCAUUACCUGGACUUCAGUGAGAAACACGACACGCAGCCCGUCAACGCUGCCAGCUUUGGAAAGAUCAUAAGGCAACAGUUUCCAGCACUAACUACCAGAAGACUKGGGACAAGAGGCCAGUCCAAGUACCAUUACUACGGCAUCGCAGUGAAGGAGACGUCCCCGUACUACGACGUGAUGUACUCCAAAAAGGGGGCYGCGUGGGUGAACGAGACGGGGAAGAAGGAGGUCACGAAGCAGACAGUGGCGUAUUCACCGCGCUCCAAACUCGGGACGCUCCUGCCAGAGUUUCCAAAUGUCAAAGAUCUAAAUUUGCCUGCCAGCCUGCCAGAAGAAAGGGUGUCGACCUUCAUCAUGAUGUACAGAACGCACUGUCAGAGGAUACUGGACACGGUGAUCCGAGCCAACUUUGACGAGGUCCAAAGCUUCCUGCUGCACUUCUGGCAGGGCAUGCCGCCCCACAUGCUGCCCGUCCUCGGCUCCCCCACGGUGGUGAACAUCGUGGGAGUUUGUGACUCCAUCCUCUACAAGGCCAUCUCCGGGGUCCUGAUGCCCACCGUCCUGCAAGCACUGCCUGACAGUUUGACUCAGGUUAUCCGAAAAUUUGCCAAACAGCUCGAUGAGUGGCUUAAAAUAGCACUUCACGACCUCCCAGAAAACCUGAGGAAUAUCAAAUUUGAAUUGUCGAGGAGAUUCUCUCAGAUUCUAAAGCGGCAAACAUCUUUAAACCAUCUAUGUCAGGCGUCUCGGACUGUGAUCAACAGCGCCGAUAUCACCUUUCAGAUGCUGGAGGACUGGAGGAACGUGGACCUGAACAGCAUCACCAAGCAGACACUUUACACCAUGGAGGACUCGCAGGAGGAGCACAGGCAGCUCAUUAUGCACUUGUAUCAGGAGUUCGACCGCCUCCUGGAGGAGCAGUCUCCCAUCGAAGCGUACAUCGAGUGGCUGGACACCAUGGUGGACCGCUGCGUGGUCAAGGUGGCGGGGAAGAGGCCCGGGUCACUGAAGAAGGUGGCCCAACAGUUUCUGCUGAUGUGGUCGUGUUUUGGUACCAGAGUCAUCCGGGAUAUGACCCUCCACAGCGCGCCCAGCUUCGGGUCCUUCCACUUGAUCCACCUCAUGUUUGACGACUACGUGCUCUACCUGCUGGAGUCGCUUCACUUCCAGGAGCGAGCCAACGACCUCAUGAAGGCCAUGAAGGGGGAGGYGAGCACAGCGGAGCGAGAGGAGGAAUUCACGCUGACAGAGACAACGCCCACCUCCCCGUCUCCCGGAUCCUACUCUCCCGCGCGCUCGGUCCAAUCCGUGGACGUGUCCUCGGCCAGCUCGCCCACCGCCGCCCUGUCCCCGGAGUACAGCAGCGGCGCCACCUCCACAGGCGCUGUUCAGUCAUAUACCUGGUCCCUUACAUACACAGUGACAACAGCAGGUGGCUCCACGCCGGAGACGGGACAGCAGCUGUCCUGUAUGAGYAGCAGCGCCCCCGUCCCUCCCCCGUCCUCCGCCCACAGGAUGCCAGUGUACCGGGAGGAAUACGGGUACACAGGCAGCUACAACUAUGGCAGUUACCCCAACCAGCACCCCAACUCCAUUCAGAGCCAGUACCCGAGCCUGGGCCACGACCCGGCUAUCCCCGCCCCCCUCCAUUACUCCGCCUACCACCGCUCCUCCGCACAGUACCAGCUCAACAGCCAGAUGUCUCGAAUGGAGCCCUGCCUGAUGGGCAGCACUCCCCGGUUGCACCCCACGCCCGUCGCCCCCCGCUGGCCAGACGUGUCCCCUGCCAGCAGCUGUUACACCAGCCCACCUAUGCACUCGUCCCGCUACGCCACCUCCGGGGACAUGUACUCUCCUCUGGGGCCCCGCAGGAACUCGGACUACGAACACUCGCAGCAUUUUCCUGGCUUCGCCUACAUUAAUGGGGAGGCCACAACGGGCUGGGCCAAAUAGACUUAAAAAAUAAAUCUUUGCUUCGGACGUCUUUACAGGAGAAAAACCGGCAGCUGCAACGUCUCUGUCAAUCAGGAGGAGGCUGUACUGACAAUUACACCGAUCUUUGUAAAGAUUCAUUUGAGCUGAAGUUUGUUAAUCUUACUUUAGCUUGACAAAAAAAAAAGAUAAAUCAGAUUGUCAAAACGUGCAGCCAAAUUAUUUGAAGAGUGCAAUGCUGCUGCCAAGCUGUGCCUUUGUUUUAAGGAAUGUACACGUCUGUCAGUUCCCCUUGAGCUGGUACGCACACACAAACACACACAUACCAUUCGACAACAGUCAUACGUGUGUGUUGCUCAGCCCUGUGCAGAAAUGAGCUGUAAUGCCUUAACCCUCCUGAGACGCCACAUAUCUGCAUCUGAGGUGACGAACCAUCGACGUGUUUUCAUCUUUAGAUAUUUUUUUAAUGACAGAGUUCUUCAAAACAAGUAUUUGAUUGUCUGACUUUAUAUCUAUAUGUAUCUAUGUAUAGAUAUAUAUAUAUAAAGUAUGUAUUUUCUGUAACUUGACGUACUUUUUAUUUUCUAUGCUAUGAAUGGUACCUUGUCUGUUUUGUAUGGUUAGUAAUGAACGCGUUAACUUAGGGUUGUGUGUUUUUAUAAUGCACUCGAAUCUACUGAGGACCUAUUACCCUAUGGGUAUUUAUAAAAAGGGAAAAUAUCAAAGUGUACAGUAACAUGAAGUAUAGUCACUUUUUUCUGUAAAUAAAAGCACUGGAAAGCAUCUGUGGUGACGGUUAAACUAUCACUGAUGUGUAUGUUGGAAAUAUUCUGCCCCAUAAAUAAUUUCACAGUUUAAAACGGA